UUUCCAAGGCGACGAGCCUGCGGCUCCUCCAGACAAGCGGCUGGAGUCGGGAGGCUGGAAAACUACUCGGAGAAGGUACCAGCCCAAAGCGGCCGCCGCCACAGCGACUCGCGGGGAGUAGCAGACGAAGACGGCGGCCGUCGCACUAGCCACCACGUGUGGACGAUAAGCAGCCGACACGGCCAUUCCCGCACCAAGUCAAGGGAAAGAGUUCGAAACAAUCGGGAGAGAAAACCUGAAGAGGGCGACCGCCGCUCCAGGGUCGCUACGGGAAGCCUAAGUGGAGACGCCGGCUUCUCUCGCAGUGACUUGAGAAGCGUCUGUGAAGACCUCGGCCACCGCCGCAGCGUCUCUCGGGAGGGAGUUGGGGGAGAUAGUGGCCACAGUCACAGCAGCUCUUUGGAGAGGGUUGGGGUAGACCGCAGCUUCUGCAGCAGCGACGUGAAUCUUAGUGAAGUUGGAGGCCACCAAACUAGCGACUCCAGGGCAACAGCCAGAGAAGACCGUGGCCUCCGCCUCAGUGGUACUUGGGAGGGAGUCAGUGACGUCCGGGACCCGCGAACUAGUGACUUUGCGGAGAGAGUCAGUGACGAUAGCGGUCGCCGCCUCAGUGGCUCUUGGGAGGGAGGGAGUGUCGAUGACGGCCACAGCCUUAGUAGUUCUUGGGAGGGCGUAAGUGAAGACCUCGGCUACAUAGCCAGCGACUCCUCCGGUGUGAGCGGCAGUGAAGACGCCAGCCGCCGCCUCGGUGGCUUUUGGGAGAAAGAAGGUGAAGACGAAGGUUUCCGCUGCAGCUCCUGGGAGAGAGAGGGAGAGGGCGGUGGGCCCAGUACUGGAGACGACGGAGAAGAGGGCCGCUGCCGCUGCCGUGGCUCGUGGGUGAGAGCAGGUGAAGACUGCCGCAGCAGCAGGGGACUCGACACAACUCCUCCCCAGAGUCGGAGGUGUUGCACCAUGCCCGGGGUGCCCAAUUCAGGCCCCUCCGCUUCCUCUAGGGAGACUGCAGACCCCUGUUCCAGGAAGAAGGUACAUUUUGGCAGAAUACAUGAUGCAGUAAGAGCUGGAGAUAUAAAGCAGCUUUCAGAAAUAGUGGAACGUGGAGCCAGCAUUAAUGAAGUCGAUGUUCUCUAUAAGUUUACCCCUUUACAUUGGGCAGCACAUUCUGGAAGUUUGGAGUGUCUUCAUUGGCUGCUCUGGCAUGGAGCUGAUAUCACACAUGUAACAACAAGAGGCUGGACAGCAUCUCACAUAGCUGCAAUCAGGGGUCAGGAUGCUUGUAUACAGGCUCUUGUAAUAAAUGGAGCAAAUCUGACAGCCCAGGAUGACCGGGGAUGCACUCCUUUACAUCUUGCUGCAACUCAUGGACAUUCUUUCACACUACAAAUAAUGCUCCGAAGUGGAGUGGACCCCAGUGUGACCGAUAAGAGAGAAUGGAGACCUGUACAUUAUGCAGCCUUUCAUGGGCGGCUUGGCUGCUUGCAACUUCUUGUUAAAUGGGGUUGUAGCAUAGAAGAGGUGGACCACAAUGGAAACCUUCCAGUUCACUUAGCAGCCAUGGAAGGCCACCUUCACUGUUUCAAAUUCCUAUUGAGUAGGAUGAGCAGUGCGACACAAGUUUUAAAAGCCUUCAAUGAUAAUGGAGAAAAUGUACUGGAUUUGGCCCAGAGGUUCUUCAAGCACAACAUCAUACAGUUUAUCCAGGGGGCUGAGUAUGAAGGAAACACUUUGGAAGAUCAGGAAACUUUAGCAUUUCCAGGUCAUGUGGCUGCCUUUAAGGGUGAUUUGGGAAUGCUUAAGAAAUUAGUAGAAGAUGGAGUAAUCAAUGUUAAUGAACGUGCUGAUAACGGAUCAACUCCUAUGCAUAAAGCUGCUGGACAAGGCCACAUCGAGUGUUUGCAGUGGUUGAUUAAAAUGGGAGCAGACAGUAAUAUUACCAACAAAGCAGGGGAGAGACCCAGUGAUGUGGCAAAGAGGUUUGCCCAUUUGGCAGCAGUGAAGCUAUUAGAGGGGCUACAGAAAUAUGAUAUAGAUGAAGAGAAUGAAAUUGAUGAAAAUGAUGUGAAGUUUUUUAUAAGACAUGGUGUUGAGGGAAGCACUGAUGCCAAGGAUGAUUUAUGUCUGAGUGACUCGGAUAAAACAGAUGCCAGAAUGAGAGCUUAUAAGAAAAUUGUAGAAUUGAGACAUCUCCUGGAAAUUGCCGAGAGCAACUAUAAACACUUGGGAGGGAUAACAGAAGAAGAUUUAAAGCAGAAGAAAGAACAGCUCCAGGCUGAAAAGACCAUCAAAGAACUGCAGGACCAGCUGGAGUAUGAACGACUACGUAGAGAAAAAUUAGAAUGUCAGCUUGAUGAAUAUCGAGCAGAGGUCGAUCAGCUCAGGGAAACACUGGAAAAAAUUCAAGUCCCCAACAUUGUGGCCAUGGCAGACAGCACUUCUUGUGAGUCAAACAGAGAGAAGAGGCGAGUGAAAAAGAAGGUUUCUUCUGGGGGAGUAUUUGUGAGAAGGUACUAAUUAGUGAAAUAACUAAAUAAACCUGCUUGAUUUUUCUCCUUCUUUUAAAAAAUUGAUA